GUCCACAAGGGCGGCUGUCCGCUGUCCAUCUUCGGCCUGUGCCGAAGCUGCCAGGAUCCUCUGGUGGGGAGCCAGAAGCUGGCUACAUGUCAGACUGUUUUCAGGCCGACACAGAGCCAACCGAUCUUGGCGAUACUCGCAUGGGCUCGAGCCCAGUGAGGUGGUACAUCGAUCAAAGCUGGACGGCUCAUAAGAGUCGGGGAGGUGCGGUGGUGUUUUCUGUGAAGCUUAGUAAAGACGCGGCUGGAGAGCUAACUCGUGAAGGAUGGGCCAAACGGUUCAAUCGUCGAGAGUACCAGAUCAGAAUCGGCAAGGCAACUCGUGAGUACCGGCGAUGGUCGGCCCAUGCUUUUCGGCACGGGCGGAGCCAGGACCAUCCGACGACCCCCCGAGCCGGAGAGCAGACCACGAAGAAAGACUUUGAGAUCCAGUACGCCAGAUGGCGAGUGAAGCUGCAACUCCCUCAGUCCAGACCGACGAUGUCUUCAAUUCAAGCUAUGUUUUCUUUGCAGUGCGGUGGCUGA